GGAAGGUGGGGGCAAUCAUGGUGCCGCUGGGGAGGGGAGAAGCUGCCGCUGCCGCCGUUGCCGGGAGCCGCGGAGACAGGUCAUUACCUUUCCAUUUCUCACAAUUGGGCUGAACACGAUUGAACCAUGGGGGAACACAGUCCAGACGACAACAUCAUCUACUUUGAGGCAGAGGAAGAUGAGCUGACCUCCGAUGACAAGAUGCUCAGGUUUGUGGAUAAAAACGGACUGGUGCCUUCCUCAUCUGGAACUGUUUAUGAUAGGACAACUGUUCUUAUUGAGCAGGACCCAGGCACUUUGGAGGAUGAAGAUGAUGAUGGACAGUGUGGCGAACACUUGCCUUUUCUAGUAGGGGGUGAAGAGGGCUUUCACCUAAUAGAUCAUGAAGCAAUGUCCCAGGGUUAUGUGCAACACAUUAUCUCACCAGACCAGAUUCAUUUAACAAUAAACCCUGGUUCCACGCCCAUGCCAAGAAAUAUCGAAGGUGCAACCCUUACUCUGCAGUCGGAAUGUCCAGAAACGAAACGUAAAGAAGUAAAGCGGUACCAGUGCACCUUUGAGGGCUGUCCCCGCACCUACAGCACAGCAGGCAACCUGCGCACCCACCAGAAGACUCACCGAGGAGAAUAUACCUUUGUCUGUAACCAGGAGGGCUGCGGCAAGGCCUUCCUCACCUCCUACAGCCUCAGGAUCCACGUGCGAGUGCACACGAAGGAGAAGCCAUUUGAGUGUGACGUGCAGGGCUGCGAGAAGGCCUUCAACACGCUGUACAGGCUGAAAGCACAUCAGAGGCUUCACACAGGGAAAACGUUUAACUGUGAAUCUCAAGGCUGCAGCAAGUACUUCACCACGCUCAGUGAUCUGAGGAAGCACAUUCGAACCCAUACAGGAGAAAAGCCAUUUCGGUGUGAUCAUGAUGGCUGUGGAAAAGCAUUUGCAGCAAGCCACCACCUUAAAACUCACGUCCGGACACAUACUGGUGAAAGACCGUUUUUCUGCCCCAGUAAUGGCUGUGAGAAAACAUUCAGCACUCAGUACAGUCUCAAAAGUCACAUGAAAGGUCACGAUAACAAAGGACACUCAUAUAAUGCACUUCCAAAUCACAAUGGAUCAGAGGAUACAAAUCACUCACUUUGUCUAAGUCACUUGAGCCUCCUGUCCACAGAUUCUGAACUUCGAGAAAAUUCCAAUACAACACAGGGCCAGGAUCUCAGCACAAUUUCACCAGCAAUCAUCUUUGAAUCAAUGUUCCAGAAUGUAGAUGAUCCAGCAAUUCAGGAAGAUCCUCAACAGACAGCUGCCUUGAUUGAAAGUUUUAAUGGUGAUGCAGAGUCAGUCAGUGAUGUUCCGCCAUCCACAGGAAAUUCAGCAUCUUUAUCUCUUCCACUUGUACUGCAGCCUGGCAUCUCCGAGCCACCCCAGCCUCUACUACCAGCCUCAGCAUCGUCUGCUCCUCCGCCUGCUCCCUCCCUAGGAACUGGUUCCCGGCAAGCUGCAUAUGGCAACCCCCCUGCUCUCUUACAAGCUCCAGAAGUGCCUGUUCCCCACAGCACACAGUUUGCUGCUAGUCAUCAAGAGUUUCUUCCGCACCCCCAGGCACCGCCCCCCAUCGUACCAGGACUUUCUGUUGUUGCUGGAGCUUCUGCAUCAGCAGCAGCAGUGGCAUCAGCUGUGGCAGCACCACCCCAACCACAAAGUACUACUGAGCCCCUACCAGCCAUGGUCCAGACUCUACCCCUGGGUGCCAACCCUGUCCUAACUAAUAAUCCCACUAUAACCAUCACCCCGACUCCCAACACGGCUAUCCUGCAGUCCAGCCUAGUCAUGGGAGAACAGAACUUACAAUGGAUAUUAAAUGGUGCCACCAGUUCGCCGCAAAACCAAGAACAAAUUCAGCAAGCCUCUAAAGUUGAGAAGGUGUUUUUUACCACUGCAGUCCCAGUAGCCAGCAGCACGGGGAGCUCUGUUCAGCAGAUUGGCCUCAGUGUUCCUGUGAUCAUCAUCAAACAGGAGGAGGCGUGUCAGUGUCAGUGCGCGUGCCGGGACUCUGCCAAGGAGCGGGCGGCCGGCAGGAGAAAGGGCUGUUCUUCCCCACCCCCUCCAGAGCCGAGCUCCCAGCCUCCCGAUGGGCCCAGCCUGAAGCCACCACCACAGACUUUCUCCUCGCCCCCUGUCCCCUUGUCAUCAUCCUCCACCAUAUCCUCUUCCUGUGAGCAAAGCAGACAAGCAGAGACUCCUUCCGACCCUCAGACAGAAACGUUAAGUGCCAUGGAUGUGUCAGAGUUUCUGUCCCUCCAGAACCUGGACACCCCUUCCAAUCUGAUUCCCAUUGAAGCACUACUGCAGGGGGAGGAGGAGAUGGGUCUGACCAGCAGCUUCUCCAAGUGAAAGGCCUGGACAUGCUUUCCUCUAGGAAGCGGGUGAGCAGGAAGUGUGAGGUGCGAUGCCUACCAUCAUGGGUCAGCAGUUUGAAGGAUGAAGAAAUCUACUGUUUGAAAUCCUCACCUUUCAGACAUAUUUUCUUUAUUCCUGUCCCAGGAGCAUCCACAUCAAGAAACUGAUCUUUGGAGGAAACAAAACAAACAAAAAAACUAAAAAAAGCUAAGUUAUAAAUGAACUGUCUGGCUGCACUGUAGGUCACUUUUGCUUAUUGUCAUGUGAACAUGGGAAUUAAGGUUACUCGUAUGCAUAAAAAUUCUAAAUGAAAGGGUGUGGUUUCCAUCAAUCUGAUGUUGCCCAUCCCUUGCACUGGGGUCUUUGGUUUGGGCAGCAGAGUUCAGUGUGUCGGGUGUUGCUCCUCCCCGUGUGUCUUUUGAGUCUGAGACUGAAGCUUGCCUGGGACGCCAGACCCUCACUCCAUGGGGGGCAGGGAGCGGCAAAGGCGGGUCAGACUGCCAUGAGCUGGACAGGGAUCGGGUGACAUGGUUGUGUUGUUUGAGCUGGUGCUGGUGGAGCUCGGGGUGACUGUGGCAGGGGUCCUCCUGCGGCCUGCCCAGUCUGAUGGGCUGCUAAAGCCUGGGCCACAGCUGUGACAUGGUCUGCUUCUGCAGGGGCCCGAGGCGAGUUGUUGAGUGUUCUCUGGCUGACUUGUAUGCAGAGCAGGCUCUAGCAGCAUCCUCAGUCUUUGCCUUCCUGGUUCUUUCUAUGUCUCAGUAGCUUGCCAGGGCUUGCAGAUGGCAGUGAGUUUUCCUUGGGGUACAUCCCUGUUUUGUCCUAGAGAGGACAUGUGACUUAUGGCCAGUGGCUGGUCAGUGGUCUGCCUUCCUUUAAUGGUAUUUUCCUCCUCAGAGCACAAGAGCUGCAUUUUGCUUAUCAGGAGAAGGUGUGGCUUUAAGGGAGUUUAAGGCAGCAUGUCAUUGGCAGGCCAGGUGUCCCCGCUCCCAUCUCCACCCCUCACCCCUCUGGGUUUUGCAUACAGCCUAGUACAGUGCAAAGAAGGAUGUGACUUGCUCAGCUUAGUUAUGAUUUCUAAACAAAAACAAAAACAAAAAAAAUAAAAAUGAUGAUCUUCUACUCAGGGUGAAACAAAACACAAAAUUCCCCUUCCACCAAAAAGCCUGAAAUGUUGCAAUAAGUUAUCUCAUUUGGAAUGUUUUCAUUAAGUUGUUAAAGGAAAAAACAACUGGGGGGUGGGGGGAGGACCUGUGUAUAGAAUUGUAUCCAUCUGUCUGCGUUUGGCUCCAAGUCAUUGCCUCUUAAAAUCUAAAACACAAUUCCACACAAAAGUGGAAAGUUUCUCUCAACUGCUGUGGUGAGCACUCACCAAACUCACCAAGCUCUGGAACAAGGCAGGCCGGGGUCUAGCCUGGCCACUGCUUCCCAGGUGCCUCCCUGCCUGAGAACAGAGCACCUUCGAGCAGGGCUGCUCUCCUGAGUCAAGAUCAGAUGAAAGCGGCCAUCGUUUUGCCUUCCUUACAGUCACCUGGAUUUGUCACUUGCCUGUUCUUACUCAGGGUCAGCCAAAACAGUACCCAGAGCAGAUCAUUUACCUAGGAGCCAGAGGCCCUUCUUCUAACAGGAUGUUCAGGGACUGACUUGGACAGAAAGGCUGGUGGUAAAUGUUGCCAUGAGGAGAAAUAGGCUUAAAGGCAAGCCGCUGGUGGUUUCUUAUUCUGGGAGUCGAGUCAGGAGGUUCGAUUGCUUUUUGAUCUUUUGCUCUCCCCUCACCCAAAAGACUAGUGGGUUCUGGUGACCACUGACAUCAGCAGAAGUUGAUCUUUACCACAGCAGGUUAGCCUUCUGGGUUGUCCUUGGCUGUCUUUGAGUCUUGCACCCACAGGAAGCUGUGAGGUGGGACCCUUGCUGUUUUCUCUACAGUUUCUGAGAGAGCAGCACAAUGGGGAUCCCCAAGUUAGCUCACAUCGGACGACAGAAAUGACCUCCCCACAUCCCCAUCCUCCAAUCACCUGGAUUUGGUUCCCUGGUAACUGAGGUGAGAAACAGGUGUCCAGGGAGCGUCAAAGGUCUUGCUCCAGUUAGGCCCUUCCCAGGUCAAUGACUUAUCUGCUCUCCAAAGUUUGGGGUGAGGAAGAAGCAGCUUAAAACAGCGUUUAGGCUGACAGGUUUUUCUAGUUGGAAGUUAUCUGCCUUUUGAGAGUGACUCAAGAUUGCAUGGAGUAGUGCUACCAGUUCUAAUCAGCUUUGGAAAAAUCAGGAAUGUGCUUAAGAUGCUAGUGUGUGGUUGUAAAGAGCUGGUUUAUUCCACAGGGUAGACUGUCUUUGCUUCCUUUUCCAGCAUUCUCUCCUUCCACCCCUCCUGUAAGCCUGGCCUUUAGUACCAGGGACUCUGGAGAAGAGGGGGCCCAUGGCUGAAGUGGUGCCAGAAAGGACACGGAGAGGGUGGUUGCCCAAACCUGACCACGAACCGAGGGUGGGGCUAGGGAAGGUCUGUGGACUUGCAGCUGGUGACAUCAAGCCCCUUUACCUGCUAUGGCAACCAACCAUUUUUGCCCUGUCAACUUAACUUCCAGCUCCCACUGGCAUCUCCAGUCAGACUGCUCCUUUAAAGGUUACUAGUCAGUACCAGAAAUUGAAGUUCAUGGGCUUAGGAGGUGGUAGGAAAAACUAGUUGGCACCACCAAACUGCCUUAGCAAAUCCGGCCCUUCCCAGGCAGGUGGGUGCAGCAUGGAGGGAAAGUGGCCCUGCCUUUCCUGGCAGGGUCUGGGCGAUCACGAGUUUGGUGAGAGCGGCUGGUGUCAUUUAUUGACUUCCACCCCCAAUUGGAGAUCAUGGAAUAAAGCCUGGGAGGGGCCUUAAGGUGUGAAAACCUCUCUGGGUAGAAGGCGGGGGACUUCUCGUCACCACCUCUGGGAGAGUCAGUAGAUGGGAGUUUUACCUUUAGGGUCAAGGCAGUGGACUGAUGGGAAUAAUGGAGGAUGGAUGGGUUUUCCCGAGAGACUUUGUAUAAUGCUGAAUGUGUCCAGAGGGACGAGUUUGCAGAACCUCAUAUUGGUAUAUUAGAGAAAUAAUAAAAUAAAAAAGCACUUUAGGUUAUUUUAUCUUUAACCCAAUUGCUGCAAUUUCUUUUGUGUGUGUGUGUGUGUGUGUGUGUGUGUGUGUGUGU